AUGUCUAUUUUAACAAAUAUAAGAAAUUUUUUUGAUCAUGUUGGAGAAAAUUUAAAUCAAACUUUUCGAUCACCAGGUAGAUUACCUAGAUUAAAUCAAAAUAAUACAACAAAUAAUACACGUUGUUCUACUGGUCCUCCAAGAAAUUCCCUACUAAGGCGUCAAAGUGUGGCUGCCGAAAGUUUUGAUCCAGAAAAAGACAGUGAUGAAAGUAAUGAAGAAGAGAGACAAAUUUAUCCAAAAUCUGAUAGUCAACGGGCUAGGUUAACUAAUGCUGUCAAAGAAAUCCUACUAUUUCGAUGCCUUGAUGAAGAACAAAAGUCAAAAGUUAUUGAUGCCAUGCAAGAAAUGAAAGUCAAAGAAGGUGACGUAGUUAUCAAACAAGGUGAUGAUGGAGACAAUUUCUACGUAAUUGAAUCAGGCACCUAUGAUAUAUAUGUUAAACAGAAUCAGUCAAAUGACGAGAAAUUUGGUGAAAAAGUUGGAUCAUACAAUGGUCAAGGUUCAUUUGGUGAACUUGCUUUAAUGUAUAAUACAUCACGGGCUGCUUCUAUAAUAGCUACUACAAAUGGUAUACUAUGGCUUAUGGAUAGAAAUACUUUUCGACGUAUUGUACUCAAAGCAGCCUUUCAUAAACGACAAACAUACGUAGAACUACUUGAAGAUAUACCAUUGCUUAAAGAAUUAAGUAGUUAUGAACGUACAAAUGUUGCUGAUGCUCUACAAUCUAGGAUAUAUCAAGAUGGAGCAACUAUUAUUUCUCAAGGUGAAACUGGCAAAGAAAUGUUUAUUAUUGAAUCGGGAACUGUAAGAAUUAGUGUAAAAGAGAAUUCAAAAGAAGUAGAAUUGAGUCGACUUGGUAAAGGUGCUUAUUUUGGAGAAUUGGCAUUAAUUACCAAACGACCUAGAGCUGCUUCAGCUUAUGCUGUAGGUGAGACUAAAUUAGCAGUUUUGGAUGUCGCAAGUUUUGAACGUUUAAUGGGACCAUGCCUUAAAGUUAUGCAAAGAAAUAUUGGUACAUAUGAAAAACAAUUAAGUGAAUUACUUGGAACUAAUAAUCAAUUAAAAUUAAAUGAAUUUAGAUCAAAAUAA